GUAAGAGUGUUUGUCAAAUCUACACAGCAAUUUUGCUAAAUAGACGAAGAAGCGCUCUAUGCGAAAAUAGAGCUUCGCGCACAUCGAAGGAUUUUUUGUUUUUAUCAAAACUCCUAAGUUGAAAACGAUCGUCCUGCAAUAUGGAAAGUUUGCAAUAUUACGGGCCACACUUUGCAGCCCUACAAAAUGGCUCUGUUACGGACAAGGUUACUCCCGACAUGGCCCACCUUAUCCAUCCCUAUUGGAAUAGAUUCCCACCAGUCGAUCCUCUUAUGACGAAACUACUUGGCACAUUUUUGGGUGUCAUGGGAUGUCUAUCAUUCGUUGGAAAUGGAUUGGUUGUUUACAUUUUUUCAACGACAAAAUCAUUAAGGACACCCGCCAACUUAUUAAUCCUAAAUUUGGCAUUUUCGGACUUUUGUAUGAUGGCUUCCAACUGCCCCAUGAUGGCUAUAAAUCUUUUCUUCGGAACAUGGGUAUUGGGCCCGUUUAUGUGCGACAUGUACGCAAUGUUGGGCUCAGUUUUUGGCGCUAAUUCAAUAUGGUCUAUGAGUAUGAUUGCUUUGGAUCGAUAUGAAGUCAUUGUAAAAGGUGUUAAUGGCCGACCAAUGACAAUAAAAUUGGCUGUUAUUAAAAUUUUAAUGAUUUGGACAAUGGCACUCUUUUGGACAAUUGCACCAAUGAUGGGUUGGAGCAGAUAUGUACCAGAAGGAAAUUUAACAUCAUGCGGCUUGGAUUACUUGGAACAAGACUGGAAUCCAAAGAGUUAUUUAAUAUUUUACACAAUAUUCGUGUAUUUGAUGCCUCUAUUUACAAUUUGCUAUUCUUAUUGGUUCAUUAUUUCGGCUGUUGCAGCUCACGAAAAAGCUAUGCGCGAACAAGCUAAAAAAAUGAAUGUCAAAUCAUUGCGUUCUUCGGAAGAUAGUGAAAAGAGCGCCGAAGGCAAAUUAGCCAAAAUCGCAUUGGUCACAAUUUCAUUAUGGUUCUUUGCAUGGACACCAUAUGGAAUAUUGAACUUUUUAGGAUUUUUCGGUUCAGAUGUACUGACGCCAACAAUGACAAUUUGGGGUGCAGUAUUUGCAAAAUCGGGUUCUUCAUAUAAUCCAAUUGUGUAUGGUAUAAGCCAUCCAAAAUAUCGUAUUGCUCUUAAAGAGAAAUGUCCUUGCUGUGUUUGUGGGGAAACUGAAGAUCCAAAUGCAAAAGCUAGCGAUGCAACUUCACAAGCAACUAAUAGUGAAACACCAGCAUAAGUUCAAUAAAUAUACUCGAAAUGUAUGUGUAUAUGAACAGAAAGCCAGCAAAUUUUUUUUUAAAUUUAUAUUAAUAUAUAAUAUUUAUUUAUUAAGCUUUAUGUAAAUGUUUAGAAGUAAAAAAAAAGCCAUCCUUAUUUUAAAAAUAAUCGAAAUAAAAACGC